CACCGCUCUCACACCGCUCCCUAUCCCUCACACCGCCCUCACACCACUCUGUCUCUCACACCGCCCUCAGGCUCUCAUACCGCUCUACACCGCACUCGCACCGCUCCCUAUCCCUCACACCGCGCUCACACCUCUCCCCGCCUCUCACACCACUGCCUGCCUCUCACACCGCCCUCACAUCGCCCCCUAUCCCUCACACCGCCCUCACACCGCCCUCAGCCUCUCACACCGCCCUUAGCCUCUCAUACCGCUCAACACCGCAUUCGCACCGCUCCCUAUCCCUCACACCGCUCCCCGCCUCUUACACCACUGCCUGCCUCUCACACCGCCCUCACAUCGCUCCCUAUCCCUCACACCGCUCCCUAUCCCUCACACCGCGCUCACACCGCCCUCAGCCUCUCACACCGCCCUUAGCCUCUCAUACUGCUCAACACCGCACUCGCACCGCUCCCUAUCCCUCACACCGCUCCCCGCCUCUCGCACCACUGCCCGCCUCUCAUACCGCUCUCACACCGCCCUCACACCGCUCCCCGCCUCUUACACCACUGCCUGCCUCUCACACCGCCCUCACACCGCUCCCUAUCCCUCACACCGCCCUCACACCUCCUCUCACGCCACUCUCCGCCUCUCACGACCACGUCCCGCCCCGAAUUGCACAGGGCGCUGCCGCUCGGGUCGGUUCGCGGUUUCCAGCGCGGUUCCGUGCUCCUGCCCUGCCCUACCCUGGUUCUCGGCGCUCCCGCUCCCACCAUGGCGCUGAGGAGGGGUAUCCCACCGGGCCGGCGCCAUCCCGCAGUUAAAGCUGGAGGUAUGAGAGUGUCUAAAAAGCAAGAAAAUGGACCUGUUGAGAAAAGUACUAAACCUCCAGGAAAAGAAAAGUCAAGUGCUAUUGUCAGUUUUGCAAAACCUGAGAACAUGGGUGUCUUGGUAGCAGAAGCACUGAACAAACUCCUGCCCUGUGUCUCAGGCUGCUGGUGCAGACUCACACCUGCCCUUUGGAAGAGCUGAUUUUACAAGCAGCUCUUUGGUUUGCAUGGUAAUCUGAAGACCUGACAGUUAUCUCUCUUACAUUCUUGCAGUCUUCAGACUCUGAAGCAUACAAGAGUUCCUCAUCCCUAGAGCUCAAUAAAACAUCAGUUGCAGAAUUGCAACACAAGCCUUUUAUCAACAGUUGUGUUUAUAGCUUUAGCCUGUAAAUCUUGAAUUUUUGCUUAGACUUUUUUAAGGAGAACAGAUACAACUCAUCCUCUUCUCUUCUACCUGUCCUCAUGUCCUCUGUUCUGACCCACUGUUUCCUUCUCCUGUUGGUUUCCAGAAUCAUGUAUAUAAAGCUUCCUUGCUACUUUAGAAUGUGAUAAUUAUCUACUGUAAUAAUGAUGAUUUUGAACCUGGGAAAAUAAGAAUUUGAUUCAACUUUCUGUUAACUCUGGCAUACUGAUUAUUUGCUGUUUUCCAUAUCUUGGGAGCUCAUUCUAUGAACUGCUAAACAAGGGAAGAAAAAAAGAUUCAAAAAUUCCCUAAAGGAAGUUAGACUAAUGUAACUUUGAAAACAGAAAUUAUAACUAAAUCUGCUGAGUUACUGUGAUUGUCUGUAUUAAUCACUUGAACUUUUUGUGGGUUUAGGUUUUACUGCUUCUUUUAAACUACUUUAAUAGGAUGAAAUAUAGAAAGAGAAUAGCUGAAAGUCUGUAUUCUAUCACAACUUUUUUUCUUCCCCCUUUAAUG